AUCAUCGUUACUUGUUUCAUACUUUCAUUAGUUGAGGGUUUUUAUUCGACCUCUACCUUUGGCGACGACAAAGUGAAGAUUUUUGGGGGAAACAGUACCUUGUGAAGUUAUUUAGCUUUAGACCUAAGCCACAAUGGAAGAUUCAGAGAAAAGAAAACAAAUGUUAAAAGCAAUGCGAAUGGAAGCUGCUGCACAGAAUGAUAAUGAUGAUUCUACUACAGGUCCUGAAACAUCUAUGAGCACAGGUCACCUCUCCAAUCCCUUGGCAGAGACAUCCACUCACCACCAGGAUUCAUUUGAAACAUCAAGGUUUGAUUAUUAUACCGACCCCAUGUCUGCUUAUUCUAGUUUCAAGAAAAACAAGACCCCUAAGCAACAAUACAUCUCAUCUCCUAGUCAUCAAGCAAGCUCUCCUGUACCGCCGCAGUUUCCGCCAUCAGUUCCUCCAGGGUCGUUAGGUAGUGAGUAUCAGGCACAUACCAAUCCUGGCAGCUUUCAAGCGGCUCAUUAUGAACCAAGAGGGAUGUCACAUCUUUCACCCUCAUACAGAGGUUCGCCUGCCGGUUGGAAUAACAACUUUAGGCCUCCACCAGUUAACCAUUUAGGUCCACCUCAAUGGGUACCUCGCCCUUUUCCAUUUUCUCAAGAAAUUCCAAACGUGGGGAAUAAUAGAUUUGGUGGUCGAGGCAGCUACAACAAUACUGCUCCACAGUUUUCCAAUUAUGGACGACAAAAUGCAAACUGGGUUGGAAACACAUAUCCUAACUCAGGAAGAGGCAGAAGUCGAGGACGUGGUAUGAACACAAGCUUUGGUAGAGAUGGAGGAAGAAGACCCAUGGAACUAGGGGCAGAACGAUAUUACUCCAAUUCCAUGGCUGAUGAUCCAUGGAAGCAUCUUAAGCCAGUCAUAUGGAAGAGUUGCUCAGAUGCUUCCAGCAGCAACUCAACAGGUCAAGCCUGGCUUCCCAAUUCUAUAGCACCAAAAACAUCUGUGACCUCAGAAGCUUCCCACAAACCUAGCAAUAAUCAGCAGAGCCUUGCUGAGUACCUCGCUGCAUCUCUAGAUGAGGCUACAUGUGAUGAGUCAAGCAGAUGAUCAAGACAAUUGGCCUAGUGAUAUACACCAAAUCCAAGCAUCUGGAGUACGAUCAGGAUAUCCGGAAAGAUCAUUGGUUACAAUUUCAAACUAGGUAUUGUUCAAUGACUAGUGUUUAUUUUCUUAACAAGACACAACAGUGAAUGAUGAUCAUCUUGGAAGGCCAGAUUUGUAAUAGAAUGGUUGCCAGUAG